AUGAUAGCACGUCGGCUGGGGGUAUCUACCGGGUUUUACUGUGUGUACAAAAGAGCGACAAAGUUACGCGAUUCCUCCGUCGACGGCCUUACGAAAAUCCCGCUCAUCAUGGGUACCGACUGGAACGAUCCGAGCGUUCUCGCGACCGAGUAUUCCAUCCUGAUCAAGAUGCAAUAUACUCUAUGCGGUCUUUACAUCUGGGAGUUACUUUUGGGCCUCAGAUUCGACUGGUUGCUACUAAAACGGCAAGAUCAACGCCCGUGGUCGACGCUUGCGAAAUGGCUCUAUCUCGCUUGCCGCUACGCUCCUAUGAUGACUUUGACCACCAUCUUUGUGGGCUUCCAGGCGCCAGCCGGGACUAAUUGCAAGGUCUGGGUCAUAUGUUUAUACAUCAUCGGGUCCUUGGCGAUAGAAUGCUCAUCCGCGCUCAUCGCUAUUCGCGUAUUUGCCCUGUGGAAUAGAUCUUCUUUCACGAUGGCUCUGAGCGCCAUUGCCCUUGCAGUCCAGGCAUCAAGCUGGAUCUACCAACUCAUAAAGGCGGACGCUAUCUAUCAGGCUAGCACGUCCGGCUGUGCCCCAACUGAAACGCGGACGAAUAGGGUCUACAUAACCGUCACAUUUCUGAUAGACCUCGGCUUACUUUGUGCUAUGUUCGUUGGGCUCGCAAGGCGGAGGAAUGCACAUGCGUCCGGAUCCAACAUGUGGCGGAUACUCUGGCAUCAAGGUCUCAUCUGGUUAACGCUUGCAACUCUAGCAGAAGUUCCGACGGUUACCUUCCUUUGGUUGAAUCUCAAUCAGAUCAUGAACCUCAUGUUUUUCUCGCCAGAGUGGAUGAUACUCGCAAUUGCAGCUGCGCGUAUGUAUCGCGUACUCAUGAGCCAUUUUGCGACCAGCGCAUACGGUCCCAGAAGAGCAUACGACACACCACCAUACAGAGACGCGUAUGAAGCUUCUCAAAAUAUUCCACUACGCCCUCUUCACACGCAAGUGAGGGGGCUUAAAAGCUGA